UUUGAAUUGGUAAUAUUCAGGGCAACUCCGAGGAGGACGGAAAUAUGUUGCUUGCCACUUUGCGAACAGGACUGUUCAAAUUAUUUUGCUAAUCCAUCGCCAAUUUGGAGCUGAAGCUAUAUGAUUCCCCCCGCAAAUUUGGCAGAGAACCCAGAAAGAUGCCACAGAAAACACUGGGAUCCCUUAUAGGGCUGCUCUGCACCGGGACCUCCGUGGUUCAGGCGAAAGAGUUUUGUUUCGGGGUCAACAAUGAACAAUACAGAUGUGAGAUGGGGUACUGCUGCGGAGAAACGGAGUGCUGCACCUACUACUACGAACUCUGGUGGUUCUGGCUGGUGUGGACGCUUAUCAUCAUGCUCAGCUGCUGCUGUGCAUACCGUCACCGGCGCGUGAAGAUGCGGCUGCAGCAGGAACAGCGCCAGCGCGAAAUCAGCCUCAUGGCCUACCAGGGGGCCUCCAGCUCCUUCGUGUCCCCACCUCCACUAAAUCUGCGCUUCUGGACGGAUUGCAAGCUGCCGGACUAUGAGGAGGUGGUGGGCCACCCGCCUACCCCUCCUCCGCCUUACUCCGAGACGGCCCCCGACGCCUCUCCUCCCGCUCGGCCUGCCGCCGCCACCGCCUCCGCCAUCGUACUACAACCUCCCCUGGACCAGGAGGACGGUCUCCCAGGAAACAAUGCCCCGGAGCGCGUCCUAGCAACCGCGUCAGCAUCAGCACCCGGAGGAGGAGGAGGAUCGGCCGUAGUCACCAUAGCUGCCUCUCCCGCCAUCUUGCACAGCGGGGAGCAGGGACAGGAGGAGGAGGGGCAUGAGGAGGAAGACGAGGAGCCUGCAGCUCUAUUGGACGAGGAGGAGGAAGAGGAGGAGCUGGGGACCAGGCGCCGGCACGUGACCGGCGACUCAGGGAUCGAGGUGUGCGUCUGUCAGAUGGACGCCGACGAGGAUGACGAAGGAGAGGGGGAUGAGGAGGAGGGCGGCGGUAGGAGAAGAGGGGAGCGGGAGCAGCUGUGCCAGGGGGGCGCAGGAGGUGCCUGCUGCGGAGAGAGGGAGAGAGAAAGGGAGAGGGAAAGGGAGGUGGCGGAGCGCCAGAAGGAGCACGGUGGCCCUGCCGACAGCCACACCCAGACGGCCACCUCUGCAGACAGACUGGUCUGAGCCACCUGAAGCCACCUGCAGCCAUUUGUCACUCAGGAGAACGGCACCUGGCCCCUCCAUCUCUAUACCGCCAGUUUGGAGGAGGAUGACACAAUGGCCACUUCAUGGCAGCAUCCCCCUGACGUGACGUGAUGUGACCAUCUCGUGACACGACCGCCGUCAGUCAUAAGAAGAAAGCUGCCUUCCUUGAUGAAUCUCCUCUCUUGCUCUCCAAGUCCCUCCAUAACAUACAUUUUUGUCCACAUUUCAGAUUUCUAUGACUUUCAAUGGUUAAGAUUGUAAAUGAAGGGAGAUGGUGAUGGAACGGACUCCUACAUGUGUUCAAGAGGUCGUCAUUUCAACGGUUCAGAAGUUCUUCGUUUCCAUGGACCGCGCGCUGCCUCUCCUUCUGUUUGUUUGUACGUUUUGUCUUUUGGUUCUUGGUUUUUGUUUUGGCCUCGAACCGGUGGAACAAUGGACAGGACUGUUUAGAUAUUUCAAGCUUGCCUGGGGCCGAAAGUGAAGUGAAAAAGGUCAGGAAAGGCCCCCCCCCCCCUGUGACACAGCUGCUUCUACUGCUGCGUGACAGCAUGGAGUGGAUGACUGGAACUCAGUCGCUGGGUGCGGGCUUUUUAUAAAGUUUUGCGCUUUCUCUCUCUCUUUUUUACUCUCUCUCUCUCUCUCUCUCUCUCUCUCUCUCUCUCUCUCUCUCUCUCUCUCUCUCUCUCUCUCUCUCUCUCUUUCUGUCACCCCCCCUGUGCCCCUACAGUAGUAGUGGGCCCCUGUGUGUCCAUUCAUGCCCCCUUGGCACGCAACCGCCACCCACCCAAAACGCCACCCUCGGGCACACAGACUGUAUAAGGUGGGUUGGGGGUGGCCAGAGGGGGUUUGGUGUGGGGUGGGGUGGAGUGGAGCCCUGACCCCAGCAGAUGCCAAUUGACUGUGCGUGCGUGGCACAGAUGCCACAAGACUGCUGUGCCACAGCCCACCGGCAUGGCUACAGGGGCAUGGCAACUGCAUUGCAUGAUCUCUACAUGUACAUGUUCUUUUCAUUUCGAUGUGUACACACCAUAACA